CAGUCAAGGCACCAUUUAAAUUGAUGGACAGUCCCGAGGCACCCUUUAAAAUUAUGGACAGUCCCGAGGCACCCUAUAAAAUUAUGGACAGUCCCGAGGCACCCUUUAAAAUUAUGGACAGUCCAGAGGCACCCUAUAAAAUUAUGGACAGUCCAGAGGCACCCUUUCAAAUUGUGAACAGUCCCGAGGCACCCUUUAAAAUUAUGGACAGUCCCGAGGCACCCUAUAAAAUUAUGGACAGUCCCGAGGCACCCUUUCAAAUUGUGAACAGUCCCGAGGCACCCUUUCAAAUUGUGGACAGGCCCGAGGCACCCUUCAUAAUUAUAAAGGUCAAGGCACCAUUUAAAUUGAUGGACUGUCCCGAGGCACCCUUUAUAAUUAUGGACAGUCCCGAGGCACCCUAUAAAAUUAUGGACAGUCCCGAGGCACCCUUUAUAAUUAUGGACAGUCCCGAGGCACCCUAUAAAAUUAUGGACAGUCCAGAGGCACCCUAUAAAAUUAUGGACAGUCCCGAGGCACCCUUUAAA